UAAUAGUGAGCUUGCAGUAAAUUAAUUGUCAAGCACAGAACACUUCUGAGUUAAAAGAAAUGUCCAUUUAACUUAUAACAAGGUAGGGCAGAACACACAUUUCUGUUAUGCCACAUCCUGAGCCAAUGCAGCAAGGUCAAACAUGAACAAUCUUUCCAUACUUACCUCCCUCCUCCUCCAGCUCCCUAAUUUAUCUGCACACGUGCAUAAAGGUCCAGUUACCAUUUGGAUGCUACUACUCUGAUAACAUGAACAUGACACUGAAUUCCUGUUGAGCUCUGCGGUAUAACUGACUUUGUCUUAAAAUAAUAUAAGGCCUUUACUCACACUUCUACAUCAAUAUAUUGUCAUAGAAAUGGAAGAAUGUAUGAAAAGGCAGGAGAGUGGAAUUACUAGUGAUGGUCUAGUAUCACAGGAUGCACAUUUUUUUUUGUUGCACAGAGUUAGAAGUAGCUAAGCUUUUCUGCAUCUCUUAGAAAAGACAGGUUUAUUUUAUAUACAAAGCUGUAGAAGCUUCCUCUAGGGUAGAAUGUCUUAUGGCCACACUGCUCACUUUUUUCUGCAGGAAUAAAGGAGACCCCUAGCUCUUUUUCCCGAAGGACAAACAAGAAAAUUAAAAUCUUGAUUCCUCUUAAAUAACACUAUAUUUUGUAUAGAACAUGUCUUCUAUACAUAAAUAGUGAGACAGCAGAAUUCUUAUUUUCAGAACUUCUGGGAGAAGUAACAACAAAAACAACACCUAAAGUGUGAGAAGCCAGUUAAGCCACUGGAACAGGACAAACCAGACUUCAUAUAGGUCACCACGUGAAUCACUGUACUCAGUACAGUUUGUGGUCACGAAAGGCAAAUGAAAUCAUGAAGAACUCUGUGGCACCACUUACGGAUCUUUUUGUCUAAAUGGAGGGAUUUGUUAUAUGAUUCCUACUGUAUCCAGUCCAUUCUGCAGGAAAGCUUCUAUUCCAAGGACAAGCUCUUCAGAGUGUGGUGCCAACCUGGUUGAAACUACAAGCAGCAAUGUCUGCAACAAAAUAAUAAUAGAGUAAAGCAUUAGAGUGGAAGAAUGGUGAGAAAACAACAUGCAGAGCAACCCUAAGAAUACAAUAGUUGUAGAGGAUGAUGUGGUAAGCAAGAUGAGAGAAGAAAGUAGACUGAAAUAGGAGGCUUACUUAUGUGUCGGAGAAGACUGCAACUAAGACAUAAAGAGAGUUGCACUUAUUAGAGUUUCUAUGUAUUUUUAAAGGUGUAUCAAAUUAUACAGAAAUCACUACAAUCACUAUAAUUUAUGCUUGGAUUUUGUGCGAUUUUUCAUUACAAGUUACUGUUUUCAACAAUGCAGAUGUAGGAGCAUGAGAAUUUUUUUACUGCAUGGGAAAUGUGAAUUACUUUUUUUUUUUUUCAAUGUACAGAGAAUAUGAGAUAAUCACAGGGUUUUUAGCAUGAGGUAAUACUAUGAAUUUUUGACAGGAUUAUCCUUUUCCACGGGAUUGCCCCAGAGUUGAGGACUGUCUUGAUUCAAUAGUUUAAAAAUUUGUACCUGUGAUACAUGUCCAGAAUUUGGCUUGUUUCAGAUACACUUACCAUAUGUAUGGGGAAAAAAAAGUACCUUUCUCCAGCUAAUACUGCCUUUUUUCUUUUUUAAUUAAUAGUAAGACAAUGUGAGGAUGAGGUACCACUGCUAGCAUAUUGACCAGCUUCCUGGCACAAGAUUUUAAUUCAAAUUAAAAGAAAAUAUUAGUAAGAGAGAUUGGUAAUGUUUAAAAGAAGUUUACUAGGCAGAGUAUUUACCCUUUGUUUGGUAUACAUCCCUAAUAUUAAGCAAGACACCUUCUUUGGUGGUUUUAUUUUUGUCUUGUUUUUUUCUGAGCAUCUCACUACUGAGGGAGAUUUAAACCUUAUCUUAAAUUUUCCAGUUGGCAUUUCAGGUAAUAGAAGUCAGGAAUUUUACUUAUCACGUCCAUUCUUGACACAAAAUUUUAUCCAGGUAGGCGUCUUGUGCUGCCAAGUGCUGCCCUCUCUAGAGAUUUAUUUGUUUUAUUCACAUAACCAUUUGUUCAUCACACCAAUAUAUUAUAUAUCACUGUCUGGUUCCUUACAGGAUUCUCUUACUCAGACAAAGAGAGGCCAAAUGACAUGGUCCAUCUCUCUUUCUGCCUUGACAACACAAAGAGGCAGUCUGAUUAGACUCAAGCAUAGAAAAUGUGAACUGAACAAUUCUCUUUUCAACUCAUUUCUAGCACUGGUGAUUGAAACCAGCAAAAAUCAGAUAUGUUUCCAUAAUGCCACAUUACCUAGCAGCUCAUUAUAUGGGAUUUAUAAGGUUGUACUGAGGAGAAAAUUAAUUGAGAAAACUUCAGGAACUGAAAGAGGAAAUGCAGAACACAGAUUUCUUAUCUCUGUAAUAAACAAUCUGGAGGUGUAUAAAAAUAUAGGAGCAAAGAAAAUGUUGAAUAGGCUUUUAUUCCUCUGGUGUCUACUACAUGCUGUAGUGUCAGAAAAAAUAGUGUGCAUUUUAUAUCAGCAUAGACAAAAGUACAGGAAAACAGAGAAGAAAAGACAUGCUGUUACAGCAUAUAAGGUAAGAAGAGAAAACUGUAUUGUAAUAGAUACUAGAAAACAAAACAGAAAAAUACAUUACCUUCUGAGGACUCAUGUCAGAGAAGUCCAAGUUAAAGCUCAGCAUCUGAAGGGAGAAUCUGAUGGCACCAAAUCAAGUAGAGGACCUGAUCCAGAGAUUAAGUUAUAUAAAGCACUAAAAGAUCACUUUCUCCCCAAAUUAACUGAUCUUACAUGUUAUUUUCUGGACUUCAAACCUUUAGCAGAUACUCUGAAGGAAGCUGAUAAUAUUGUUUUAAAGGCUAAGAAAGAGCAAAGUGAUUUUUCAUCACACAGGGACACUCCACUGUUAAAUACAGAGUUUAGGAGCUUUGUAGCAGUACUGACAGCUACACUAGAAUCAGUAUUACCUAAAGUACUUUGCACAGCUUCAGUGAAAAUUAGUCAGAGACAACUACUGUUAGAUAAUUUCCAUGUGUUAUUGAUCAUGAGACAUUCAGACCUAAUAAUGUUAAAGUUUGGUAUACUAUUUCCAUUGAAGAAGGAAAUGGCUUGUGGUCAUCUUAAAUGGAAAUUCAGCAAGGAAAUAUUAAUGGAAGAUGUCAGAAAUGAAUGGACUGAAGUUGUACUCUUCUUAGAACCUUCUCAGCUUUCUAGACAGACAUGGAAUAGUUAUUCACUGUUAGCAUUAUUCGGGAAACAGUGUGUACGAAAUGUGAGGAUGAAUAAACCAAAAUCAUGUUUAAAUGCAAACGAGUUGAUUUAUAAAACAAUGUUAUCUUUGAAGGAAAUCCUAUUAGUGAGUCAGACUGCUUCAAACCCAUUGCAUCUGAGAACAUUUCAGCUGCUAAAAUUAAUUAUUUCAGUUCACAAGCUUUGUGAAUAUGAUGUUCAGGUCAAAGUGAGAUCAGGCUACAAAUUCAUUUUAAGGUGGUCAAAUGCCACAGAAAGUACGGGGUAGCCAACAUUACAUAUAAUUUAAUAUAACAAUACAGCACUCCGUAGCAAUGCUUGCUUACAAAAUUAUCCAAGUAGUCCUGUAAGCAAUAAAGCUAACGAAACACUGGUUCCAAUGGAUCACAUCUUGUGGUUGGAGUCACAGGAGUCUAAAGAAGAGUUCCAUGUAUACAGAGGGAUGAGUAGUAAGGUCUCUCUUCUCUACUUGACUCCUGCUUUCAUGAAACGUAAGAUCUAAUGUCUUUCAAAUUACCCCUCCACCAGCUGAAAGGUUAUAGAGGAAAGAAAAUCAGAAUAAACUAAUUUCCUAGGAACCUCCACUAAUAUGAUUACACAACAAUUUAUUAUAGCGUUAUUGCAAAAAUUCUUUUAAAUGAGGAUCAUGUUUUCCUUCCAGAAUCUUUUAGUAAAGGUAUCUUCAUAAUGUGUUGCAAAACCCUUUUGCUCACUUGCAGAAUGAAAUGCCAGCCAUUAGCAGAAAAUCUCUUUAUAGACCUAAGUAAGAGGUUGCUUAUAUGUUACUAAGCAUAUAUAUUUUUUUUUCAUUAGUAGCCCAAACAAGCACUGGGGCAAUGUACAAUGAAAGGAGAAUGAGAAAUGGUUGUUCAAAGAAAACAAGAUUUCUCUGGGCUGCACAGCCUUUUGAUUUAUAUUGUUAGCUAUUAAGGGGGCUGACCAAUGGGAGGUCCAUUUGGUAGCACCUGCCACUUUAAAGGUACCUUCAAUGUAGUGUGACCCCUUCACAAUUUACUGCACUAAAAAAA